UCUCAUUCAAAGCCCGACGCUUCGGAAGCGCGACACGUGUUCAACGGUUCCAUAUAUGUAUAUGUCUCGCCAGUGUCCGAAAACGCGUGAUGAUAAAAAUGAAAUUGAGGCAGGCCCGAUUGCCAUGCGGCCGUGUGUAAUAACAGACUGAUACGCAUUAACCCAAAAUAGACAGUUCAAAAAUGCAUGAACAUGCCUCAAACUGUCAACAGCAGAACAAGAAACUUGUGUCAAGCAAAAACGACAAGCAACACUGGCAUCGCCACUGCACUUGUCAACUCAGCCAAGAAUCACUUAAAACGCGAACCAGCAACUGCAAUUAGCAAUACAAAUUUAGUGCUCAGGGGACUUGAGCCAAACACAACAAAAAUUGACAGCUGACAUUUGUAGCCGGAUAAGAGAUAAGCUACCAGGAGCAGUUAAGCGACAUAAUGAUUAAACAAAGUAGACUAUUGAAACGAGAUAAAUGCACAAAACAAUAGCAAUAAUGGCGUCACAUGCUGCCGUUUGUCAAUAGCGGCAGCAACAUAGCUAAAUGAGUAAUGUUAAUUGAAUCACCUGAAACACUGACAACAAUUGCAUAGAGCCAAAUAAUAAGCUGAAACAAUUUACAUACAACCGCUGAAUGCCGGCAGCAAAAGUGAUUGUUAAACAUCAACAACAAAAACAACAGCAACAACAGCAAAAACAACAGCAGACGACAAAGCGUGUUUUCAAUAAAUGCGCGCGGAUGCGUCGCAGCGGCGUCGUCGCCGACGUAGCCGCUAAAUCGACCACAAGCAAUGCGGCCGACGUUGGCGUCGCAGCAUUUGCACCUAAAAGGAGGCAAGGCGAACAGCGCAGCGGCAAAGGGGCGCGAGGAAUUGCAAUAAUAAUGGCGUUAUUAUUUAACAUAAUGCAUCCACAACAAAUUUUGCACUGGCCAUUUUGUAACGGUCCUUUUGCAGAGGCGAACACAUACAACAGCAACAACAAUAACCAUAACAGCAACCACAACAAUGACAAUAGCAAGAACAGCAGCAACAGUUAUAACAAUGUUGAGUUGAACGGAUUCAGUGGCAAUGUCCUGGCAUCGUUCUCGUCCUCUGUGGCCGCAAUGCUGCCACAAGCGGAAGCCACGAAUAACACUUUCAAGAGCUUACCAUUCCUAGCCAGCGAAGAUAAUUCUUUUGCCUAUUCCCAGAAACCGGACGGUUUUGCGGAAACGGAGCUGGCACAUUCCUUGCCAAUAUUUGACUUUGGCAUGCCGCGCAACAUCACAGGACGAACAGGACACACGGAGGCCAUAAUUAAGUGCAGAGUGGAUAUGUUGAAUGAUAAGUCUGUAUCCUGGAUACGCAAACGUGAUCUACACAUUCUGACAGUCGGAACAGCCACGUAUACAUCCGAUAAGCGAUUUCAGGUGACCGAGUCGAAGGAUAUGCGCGAAUGGACGCUGCACGUGAAAUCGCCAAAGCCCAAGGACAGCGGCAUCUACGAAUGCCAGGUCAACACGGAGCCAAAAAUAUCCAUGGCAUUUCAACUUAAUAUCAUUGAAAUCUCACCUGAUGCCAAGGCCGUCAUCAAUGGGCCGCCCGAUCUGCAUUUCAAGGCAGGUAGUGCGAUUAUACUCAGCUGUGUGGUUAAGCAACCGUCGGUUAAGGAGAUUGGGCCCAUCUAUUGGUAUCGGGGAGAGCAGUUAAUCACUCCUUUGGAGGAGGACGGUAACGAGGUCGAGAUGCCAAAGGAUCUGCAACCAGGUCAACUGAAUCAAUCACUUAACGAAGUCUUGAGCACAGACUUGCAAAAGGAGUUCGUCACACGUAUUGCCAUGGAAUCCCAGUUGGGAGACACCCUCAAGUCGAGGCUGCGCAUCUCCAAUGCCCAAAUUACGGACACCGGCAUCUACACGUGUCAGCCAACGACUGCGAACAGCGCCAGCGUUGUUGUCCAUGUCAUAAAUGAUGAAAACCCCGCGGCGAUGCAAAAGAGCGCAGCGACAUCUUCUUUCGGCAUGGAUCUACACCAGCUGGUGGGUCGAAUAGUCUAUUCUAUGCUGGCAAGACACUCGACCAAGUACUGGCUGCCAAAUGGCAGCAGCUCCAACUAAAUGUAGUAGUUAGUCUUUGUCGUCACAGCAGCAUCAACAACAACUUUCCAUCGAAAGAUGACUAACUUAAUUAUAAGCAUUUGUUAUACUCUGAUUUUUUCUUAGCUGCUUGUAAUUUUGUAAUGUUUUUAAAAAUGGCUCAAGGAAAGCAAAAGCAAGGAACCGUGAACAAUGCGCUUCUUUUCGUUUUUUCCGUAUUCCUUGUUAUAUUUACAUUUCAUUGUGUAAUAAUAAGAACGAGUAGUGCACUGCUCAAAGCAAUAUUAGAACAUUCCAAAAGUGGGGGAAUUUACAGACAGAUGAUGUAGCGAUGAUGAGGCUUCAGCGACAAGGAAUUCAACUCACAACGAGAUGACGACAGUCCGUCUCAAAAGUGUGUGCACGUGACAAAGACUAAAAACUGUAAUAUAGUAUUAUUUGAAUAGAAAACGAAAAAUUGGGCAAGAAACUUGAUUUGACAAAUUAAUAUUACUU